AUUGAACUCAACAUCACUCAAGACAUCUGAAGACAUGUAUUCAUACGCUUUACUCCAUUAACACGUCUCGCAAUUGAGUCAUCAUAUGAUCGCAAUGUCUGCCAAAUCGACCGUCAAAGAGGCCGACAAUGUGUUUGUCUUAAUGACCGAUAAAUAUAGGAUCUCGAGGAAUAUGAGGGCCCAGUGGUUCUUCGAGCACUUCCACAAACACAUCCGACUCCAACCCAAGCACUCGAUGGAGUGUUUUGAUAGUGAGAUUGAUUUGGUAUCCAUUCUUCCGGCCAAUUAUCAAGACUAUCACGACUUGGGAUCGGAUUCGCAAUACGCGGGCGAAUACUUCAUAUCUGCGGCCACUAAAGUAACCUUCUUCUCCAGAAGGUAUCGGUUGGCGUUUGUUCUCGACUUGAGUCCUUCCAUCUCAUCCGUCGACAUUCAAAGAAAUCACAUAUUAUUGGACGACGUGUUGAGGUCUGUGUCCACUUGUCUGCGAGGACUCGUCCAACCCUUUUACAUCCCUGGCUCUCAAAUACUAUUUGCGCCCAAACUCUUCGUGACUGUCAUCGCAUACAUACCUUUCUAUAGCUGUGAUAACCAUCAGGUGUUGGCUCAGGGAUGGCAACUAACCCAUCAUAAUAUUGAAUCAUUUUUAUCGCAUUUGCGCUCAAAUCUAUCGGAUAUAAUCGCUUCGCUGUCAGAGAUAUCGGCAAAAGCUAAGGACGAACGCGACGAAGAGGAACAGUCGGCGUCCGAUAUAAUGAUUGAAUCGCUGUUUCAAAAAAGUGAGACUAAGAAUCGCUCGUUGCCCACAUUAUUGGCCACUCCCGACAUAUCAAUGGUCAAUAUGUUAAGGUUUGGCUUAUUAGCCCUUCAGCUCCUGCCCGACAAUAGUAGCGCCGGAAUAGUGAUCGUAACGGACGGCAUGUUUAGUAUGCCUAACGCCAACACAUUGGAGUCGGCGCUGACCCAACUCCGACACCACACCAUAUCGUGUUCAUUCAUUCAAACGGGCAGUUCAUCGCACCCGCACUCGUCCCUCGGCUUCAUCCCCUACACAGACCUAAUGAAGUUCAUAUCGACCGCCACUUUCGGCGCUUAUUUUAACGCAUACUUCUACUCAACACACGAUUACGGGCUUAACUCUAGUCGUGAGACUCGCGACCAACAAAUGGUUCGCAACAAACAAAUUGAAAACACAGUUUCGGCUCAAUUGACACAAGUAUUGUCAUGUCGUCUGAGAGAGGGAUACACUAUAAAGAGUGUUAAUUAUAUUCCAAAUGAAAAUCAAAUAGAAGUUUGUCUUCUGCUUCCGUGGAGGCAUAACGUGAACAUUGAAUACAAUUUGAGCUCAACUUUGCCCACAAAGUCUAUAUCUGAUGAGAGCGAAGAGACAGCGCCUGAAUGCCAUUACGAAGUGAUAGUUGAGGGAAGUUAUUAUUUUUUACACGACGUCACCUGUGCUAUCAAAAAGCCCAUCAAAAGUGCUUACCGUUCGGCAACAAUCACACAGUUUUGGACAACACUUAAAAGUGAUGACAGCGAAGAGACAGCGCCUGAAUGCCACUACGAAGUGAUAGUUGAGGGAAGUUAUUAUUUCUUACACGACGUCACCUGUGCUAUCAAAAAGCCCAUCAAAAGUGCUUACCGUUCGGCAACAAUCACACAGUUUUGGACAACACUUAAAAGUUUAUCAGAAUCGGACAAACAUGAGAUACAUUUGCAUAACUUCACGCGUAACGCCUGGAGCCGUAAUAUUCCCGAAAGCAUUAAGAAUGGCGUUCCGCUCUUCUAUAUGCCGCCCAACUCUUCAGAUGCGGUCAUUUCAUCCAAAAACACAGUUCACUCGCAAUUCGCUCAGUACUGGAAAUGGAUGCUUAAUGUGAAUGUAUGUGAGAAAUGGAUGCACACACACAGAAUCAAUGUCAUACUUGAACACGACUACCCCCUCCCCAAACACCUCCAUCUGCCCAACACUAGCGGCCGAUACACUAACAUCCAGUGCCGACAAGCGCUCUCAUCUUUGAGUGUCUUAUUGACAGAAUUGAGUUCUUUUGUUCUUCUAGAAAAUCACAGUUACAUUAAAUUAUUACAAAAGAAUAUCUCUUCUCUUAAUUACCAAAAGCCAAAGAACUCUCAGACGAAUGAUUCGAGAGAAGCCAACGAGAAGAGCAAAAGCGAUUGGAAGACAUCGUCUCCAUUGCAAAAACAAUGGGUUGACGUUAACUGUUGUGUUAUAAUUAAGAAGUCAAUCGAAAAGAUUCUCAUUCGUUACGACAGAAUUCCCAAAGAUUUUACACAAAUAUGUGAUAGAAAUGCAUUGUUUGCUAAUCAUUUGAACGGAUCUAAUGUUAGCCACAAUUUCUAUGCGACCAAUCAAAACCUGUCGUCGCUUAAUAUGUUUCAAAUUCUCAACCGAUACCUCUAUCAUCAGCGAUGGAUUUGGGCGACAAGUUAUGGAUCCGCUCCCAGACUUAGUUCUUCUUCAUUGGCUAAAAUAUUAGCAGUUCUCACAAAACUGCGAUUACAAGAAGGCUUUCAUUUCGCUCACAACGACUCAGGGAUUCUGAAUAUGAUUAAAGAAUUAUCAAUGAAAGACCAAAAUGACUCUCAC